UAUUUAUUUUUUAUUUAUUUUAUUUUUUGCCCGGUGGGAGUGCUAGGACCCAGGAGACAUCCUUUCAAACAGCAGGGGCUGUGUGCUUUCCACAUAGCAGUACAGUACAAGGAAAACCCCAUCGGAUCCGUUAUUGCAGGAUACUUGUGAAAUAUACAUAGGAUUCUUUCUUUCUUAUAGCUGCAUCCUGGAUCUGGAAAUUUUGCAUGUGCAGCAAGAGGCUUUGAAAGGCUACCACACACAGAGAUUUGCAAUCAAGACUCCUUUUCUUGUCCUAGAGCUCUCAGACUUGUGUGGUUCUCAGUCUUCUCCUCUUCCUUUCCUCCCCCUUCUCUCCCUCCCCCGCCUUUUUUUUUAAAUUAAUUUCUGCUUUACACCUGGAUCGUAUCUUCCGCGAGCAAACUGGGCACUUUCAGAACUAACGGGGGCGAAUCUUGCAGGGAAUCUAAGUCUAUAUGGAAUUAUCAGCUUUGAUGGUGAACUUGGCACUUGUGAAUGGGCUUCUGGUUCGAAUUAUUAAUUGCUAGCAAAAAAGAGGAGUAAAAACGUGGAUUCACCGAAUACGCAUUGUGAUGACCAGAAAUUACCUUAUUGACUGAUAGCAAGAUCAGAAUAUUUUGGAAGACUGUUGUGGGGGAGCAGCCUUUAAGAGCUGGAAGAUGAAAGCUCCUAUUCCACACUUGAUUCUCUUGUAUGCUACUCUUUCUCAGAGCUUGAAGGUUGUGACCAAGAGGGGCUCAGCUGAUGGAUGCACUGACUGGUCGGUGGAUUACAAGAAGUAUCAAGUUCUAGUGGGAGAGCCUGUUCGUAUAAAAUGUGCAUUAUUUUAUGGCUAUAUCAGAGCAAAUUACUCUCUAGCACAAAGUGCUGGCCUUAGUUUGAUGUGGUACAAAAGCUCUGGACCUGGAGAUUUUGAGGAACCUAUAGCUUUUGAUGGAACUAGAAUGAGUAAAGAAGAGGAUUCUAUUUGGUUUCGGCCAACAGUGGUGCAAGACAGCGGUCUUUACGCAUGUGUUAUAAGAAACUCUACUUACUGUAUGAAAGUAUCCAUCUCACUGACAGUGGGUGAAAAUGACACUGGACUCUGCUACAAUUCAAAGAUGAAGUACUUUGAAAAAGCUGAACUUAGCAAAAGCAAGGAAAUCUCAUGCCCUGACAUAGAGGAUUUUUUAAUUCUAUAUAGAGAGCCUGAAAUCCUGUGGUAUAAGGAAUGCAAGGCAAAAACAUGGAGACCGAGUAUUGUGUUCAAAAAGGACACACUCAUCAUCCGGGAGGUUAGAGAAGAUGACAUUGGAAAUUAUACUUGUGAGUUAAAAUAUGGAAUCUUUGUUGUCAGAAGAACUACAGAAUUAACAGUUACAGCACCACUAACAGAUAAACCACCAAAGCUUUUGCACCCUUUGGAAAGUAAGCUGAUGAUUCAGGAGACCCAGCUAGGCAAUUCUGCUAACCUAACCUGCCGAGCUUUCUUUGGAUACAGUGGAGACGUGAGUCCUUUAAUUUACUGGAUGAAAGGAGAGAAGUUUAUUGAAGAUUUGGAUGAAAAUCGGGUCUGGGAAAGCGAUAUUAGAGUUAUUAAGGAACAUCUUGGAGAACAGGAAGUUUCCAUCUCAUUAAUUCUCGACUCGGUGGAAGAAGGGGACCUAGGAAAUUACUCAUGUUAUGUUGAAAAUGGAAAUGGACGCAGACAUGCCAGCAUUCUUCUGCAUAAGAGAGAGCUGAUGUAUACAGUUGAGCUUGCUGGUGGGCUUGGUGCUAUUCUGCUGCUGCUUGUUUGUUUAGUGACUAUCUACAAGUGUUACAAGAUUGAGAUUAUGCUCUUCUACAGGAAUCAUUUUGGAGCUGAAGAACUAGAUGGAGACAACAAAGAUUAUGAUGCAUAUCUAUCCUAUACCAAAGUGGAUCCAGACCAGUGGAAUCAAGAAACUGGGGAAGAAGAACGAUUUGCUCUUGAGAUCCUACCAGAUAUGCUUGAAAAGCAUUAUGGGUACAAGUUGUUCAUACCAGACAGAGAUUUGAUUCCCACUGGAACCUACAUUGAAGAUGUGGCAAGAUGUGUAGACCAAAGCAAGCGACUGAUCAUCGUCAUGACUCCAAAUUAUGUGGUAAGGAGAGGCUGGAGCAUCUUCGAACUGGAAACCAGGCUUCGGAACAUGCUAGUCACUGGAGAAAUUAAAGUGAUACUGAUUGAAUGCAGUGAACUCCGGGGAAUUAUGAACUACCAGGAGGUCGAGGCCCUCAAACAUACCAUCAAGCUUCUAACUGUCAUUAAAUGGCAUGGACCAAAAUGCAACAAGUUGAAUUCUAAAUUCUGGAAACGUUUACAGUACGAAAUGCCUUUUAAGAGGAUAGAACCCAUCACACACGAGCAGGUUUUAGAUGUCAGUGAGCAGGGGCCCUUUGGGGAACUGCAGACGGUCUCAGCAAUUUCAAUGGCUGCUGCCACCUCCACUGCUCUUGCCACUGCCCAUCCAGAUCUGCGCUCCACCUUUCAUAAUACGUAUCAUUCACAGAUGCGCCAGAAACACUAUUAUAGAAGCUAUGAAUACGAUGUACCUCCUACUGGCACCCUGCCUCUUACCUCAAUAGGUAACCAGCAUACCUACUGCAACAUCCCUAUGACACUUAUCAAUGGGCAGCGGCCGCAGACAAAAACUAACAGAGAGCAGAAUCCAGAUGAAGCUCACACAAACAGUGCGAUACUGCCCCUCUUGCCACGGGAGACCAGUAUAUCAAGUGUCAUUUGGUGACAGAAAUGCAAAGGGGGACCCCAACCCCCUGGAGUAGAAGCUAAGUGUGCAGUCUGGUGCCUGGAACUACAUCCUCGACUGCUGCUGUUAAACAUGCAUUACAAUCUAUAAAAUACGAGGAAAAACAGGGUCUUGUACAUAUGUUUUUUGCAGUUUCUUUGUAGCAUCAGUCUUCCUGUUUUAUCCAUGUCUCUUGCCAUUCACAUCUUUGACUUUGUUUUAUACGUCAUUGGAAUUUGUAUAUUACGGUUUUUUUAAAUGAAGAGACUGCUGUAUAGAUAGGAAAUCUUUUUUGCUCCAUUAGUAUAGUUUUAGAAUUUUUUUAAACAUUUCUUGGGAAUGCUUGGACGAAGCUAUGUUAAUAUCAGAAGCACCAUCCAUUUUGUUGGCCUGCCUAGCCUGAUACAUGAAGGCCAUGCCUGCUGCAUUUCACCGUUGUGAAGAACCUUUGUUCUUAGGAGGACCCCGCCAAUCAUUCUGAGCUCCAAUUUCAUUACUUAUCCCAUGACAACACUUUUUCCUCCCGCCUCCCCUUAUGAUGGUCCCAUGCUGGGUAACACUACAGACAGUCUGAUCAUCUAACAUUUAACUCAGUAAAUGCUUGUCAGACAACAAGAUAUACCCAAUAUGUAUCAAUUGCCUCACAGUAACCACUACAGAGUGUGUAGAAAGUAGAGUUUGUUUUUGUUUUACGGAUGAGUUGAUUUGUAUCCCUUUUAUUUAUAUAAAGCAACAACCCUAAUUCGAUCACUUCUGGAAUAGUGUGAAUGUGUGAAUGUGUACACAGUCUUUUUUUUUUUUUUGCUUGUUUGUGUUAAGCAUUUGACUUUUUCUUUUCCCCCUUUUAAAUUCUGCAAAUGAGGUUAUUUGCAAUUGUCAAACAAGUAAGGUAAUAGGUGUUGAAGUGCAGUAAAUCCUGCUGAGAUUUAAAUGAUGGCUUCCAAACCAAAGGGGAGUAGAAAGACAAUAUCAACUAUGGUUUGUCACAUUGUAUUAUAGAAAAUGGAUUUUUUUAAAAAGUAAGAGCAAAACAUUUCUUUCCAGCUAAGUAUGGAUUCCCCUUGUAUUUGAACAUUCCAAUCACUGUAAUUACUUUUCAAUGAUAUAUUCACAUUUGAGCAUUUUUAUAUUUUGUUUUAGCUUGUUACAAUAAGUAAAACCUUAUUAAUUUCAAGGUGAUUUAAAUGAGAACUCAGGUAGUAAAAAAAGAAAUUAUGAGUACCAACGAACAUAAAUGUUGUAAGAAUAAACAUUUAUUUAUACAAUAUUAAUAUUUAAAUUGGACGUGGAAGCAUUAAAAACCAUUAAGUUUAUUGAAUAAAUAAAUAAACUAGUUUGGUUUUUAAUGCAUGAUUCCAUCUUUGAGGAUUGCAGAUUACAUGUGUACCAUUGCUCCCAGAUUUAAAAAAAAAUCACUGUUCAGAUAUCUCUAGAACUAAUGGAAUAAGGAGCUUACCCAUAUUUACAUCCAAAUGAUGCAAAAGUCACUUUCCAUUUUAGAAAAUUUAAAGAAUGGAGUUAAUUUUUUUUUCUUUUAAAAGGGCCAUAUUCUCUGCUGGUGUAAAUGGAACUAGUGGAGGUGCUCCAAUGACCAUCAGCAGAGGAUUGGCCCCUUCUUUUUUUUUGUUUUUUAAUAUCAACAAUACAACAUGAACACUAGGAAACAGCUUUUAAUUAUUUCAGCAACUCAUUACAUAACAGCUGACUGGUGUUGGCCAAUAUAAUGGAUGUUGUGUGAUUUGUUCAUUCUUAUUAUCACUAUAUUCAAAAAAAUACAAGUUUUAAUAUUUUGGUCUCAUUAGUAAGAUGUGAUUGGUCAAAAAUGUGUAACCUGCAGUUUGUGGGCGUUUGUGGGGGUAAGUCAAUAUUGACAAUGUCUGAGGAACGACUAUUAUGUUGUAACAGUCAAGAAUUCUCAGUAUCUGCAUAACCAGUUAAAGGAGCUUUGGGAUGUGCACUGACUUUUAUUUGCUGAAAAAUGUUUUUUUCUCUGACAAUUCACUCGGGUCCUUUUCUACAAUCUGUUCUUUAUUUCAAUUGUGUCCCCCUGGACAUGUGCCAAAUAUCCACAAAAUGAAAAUGAAGCUGCCAGGGCAGAUACAAUUUCAAGACAGCUUUACAGAUUUGAUUAUUUUCAGAUUGUAAAACAAUUGUUAUUUGUUUUAUAUUAUAGAUGCCUGUCAGGAACUGAUGGCAUUUAUCUUCAUUUGACUGGAUUCUAAAUUCAUCCAAUACCCAGAAAAAUUAAAAUAUUGUAAAAUCUUUCCCUCGUCCCUCCCCUUUAUAUUUUUUAAGAUGAAGAUUGGGAUGUGGAAUAAAUAUAGAGUGUAACAACCUGGCGACAGUCACAUUCUAGGCAUUGGUAGGUGUUUCUUUAGCCACAUUGGGGGUACUUUUUUGUUGUUCUAUUUUUAGUGUAGAUUUAAGCACUUUGAAUAGCAUGAUUCAGGGAUUGAUGGAUACUAUUUGAUAUUCACACUAUUUAAGAAAAGUUUUUUCUUAUUAUGCUUUGUCAUAUUAUUAAACAAAAACAAACAAAUGAAAAAAGAAAUACAUGCAGAAGCUAUCUAUGGCUUUAGAAACAUUCCUCCCAGGUAUUCCUCUACUAUAAACAGCUCUGUGUGAGAAACAGUGAAGGAAACUGUCAUGUGUUCACGUGCUCUAUGUUUGACAAAAGUUCUGUUAGAACGCAAAAUAAAAAGGAAAAAAAAUUAAUUUGCCCUAGUGCUUAGGCUCCAUCCUUUUUUGGUUCAGAUGUUCUAGUUUUUGAUAAUGCAGUCUGAAGUGUGCAUGCAAUAGCCAAGUGCAAGGGUUAGCCAUUAAAAAAAAAGCACUUUACCUUUGAAAAUUGUAGUGUGGUGAUUGGACAAAACGUAUUAUGCCUGGUUUCCAUCUGUCACUAAUUGUGGGUAUGUAUAUGGAGUCGAUGCACAUGAAGUAUCUAGAUACGGUGCUCCAUUCUUAUAAGAUUCUCUUAUCAGGCUACUCCUUGAUAUAAAGCUAAAGGACUUUAUCACCCUGCCCCAUGGAAACUCACUAUAAACAUCCCCCUUCUAGAGGUUCAAACACAGCUUUACUGAAAGGGAGGACUGCGCAGCAUGCAGCUGAUUAUUUUGAAGAUAAAGUAUCUCUGGGCUUGAUUCUGCUCUCAGCUACAUCAGUGUAACUCUGUUGCAGUUGAUGAAGUUAAACCAGUGUAAAAACUGGUUUAAGUGAGAGGAGAAUCAGGAAAAAUGGAUCAGAAAAGAACUUGUAUUUACAACUAACGAUGGGAUAAAAUUCUGACCCCCCACUGAAGUCAGUGACAAAACUCCCACUGACAUUAGUGAGGCCAGGAUUUCACCCCAGGAGUCUACAUCAUAAAACACUUUGGCAUUCUUUCUUUCAGGAUGGCUGUUGCUCGGGUUACACAUUUUUUAGCCUUAGAUGCAAAAUUCUUGCAUUUUCUGUUAGCACCCAGCUGUUAAAAUGAAGUAGACAUUACAUAAUGGCAGAUAAUCAGACUCUACAUGUUUAGAAAACCUGUUAUACUUAUCUGAUUAAAAUGCACAACAUUUUAGUUGAAUUGCAUGCAUUAAUAAUCCAUUUACGUUAUACAGUGAGCAAUGAGCUUUUGGGGAAACAGGCCCGAUAAGCAGACUUCCUUUUUUCUCAAACUUAAAAAAAAAUUGUUAGGUCUACAAACCUUGGAAAAACUUUAUUAGAAUUACAAUAAAGCAGACACUAAGAAAAGCCAAUGGAAUAAAAGCCAAGGUAGGAGAAGGGGGAAACAUCAGCCUGUUUCUUAAUUGGGUUAUGGACAUUCUCUGUUACGGAGUCCAGCUGCAACUCAGUCCAACCUACAUAAAGCAACUGGCAUGUGCCACAUCCUGCAGAUGGAUCAACAGAGUCAGAAAUACAGCCCUGAUAUCUGGCACAGUGCUGAAUGGUUUUGCAUUUGCUAGUAACCCAGCAGCAUACACAGUUGUUGGGGAGUCAUCCAUAGUUGUGGUACAUAGGAAGACAAAAUGUUGUGGGCACUAAGACUCUUCCUCCAUAACAGGCUUAGUGCAUGAUCUGGAGCAACUAUUUUCAUUCUUACCCUUGCUACACACAACUCAAUAUCAUUUCUACCCCUCUUCAUAACUGAACAGGAGCUUUGUUUGGCUGGAAUUAGACAAACAUGGGCAGUUUCAUAACACUGGGUAUCUCCCUGCAUAAUGCUUGCUUCAAGUUCCUUAGCUGUUUUAUCUCUGCCACAGCGCUAGCUCGGUUAAUAGUCACUGAGUGGAGAAGGAGGAGUGAGCAUUUCACCCUUCAGGUCUGAUUUAUCACUGGUUUUGUAGGUUGAAUUCAGCAUUGAUACCAUGCUGUCUCUUGGGGCAUGUUAUUUUGCUGAACAGUUCCCCAUUGACACUGGAUAUACACCAAAAAAGGACAAGGCAGCAUCAUGCUUCUCUAACUGAGCUUUGGUUGGUGUUCCAGAAUCUGCAGAGCCUUUGGAAGUAAAACCAAUAGAAAUGAACAUUAAGAUUUUUCCUUUUCAGUUUUGUUUUUAAUUCUGUUUGACAUCAAGUCUGGUCUUUGUACUGUACUAAUAGUGUCUAUGAGAUGGUUAGGCAAGACUUCAGUGAGUUAUAUUGCACUCAGUAAACAGAAAAUGUAAAAAAAAAUGGAAAGAUGUGGCCAUAUUAACAGUUUGGUAUGUAGGUAAAAAAAAAGUAAACCCCUCCCCAAUGUGCCUAAAUAAUUUAUAUAGUGCUAAGGUCUGGUCCUGGGAAGGUAUCCUGUUUGUAACAACGAGAAACUUGACUCAAAAGCUUAACACUGUGGUUCUCA